CCUUGCGUGAAGCCCUUUCUCCUAUCUCCGCUUGUUAGUCUUGGCUGUUUGCUUUUUGCGUUUCUCCUCCUUUCUCAACUGUCACCGUUUUCCACCCAGUCACCGUCGCUUGGAUCCCAGCAUGGGCACCGUCCACGCCAGGAGCCUGGACCCUCUGCCCAUGCAGGGUCCAGAGCUGGGAAUUCACGCCGACGACAUUGAGCCUCUUGAAAUAGAGCAGGAGCCCAAGCAGGAGAUUCUGGAAAACAAGGAUGUGGUGGUCCAGAGGGUUCAUAUAGACGGGCUUGGAAGGACCAAGGAGGACCUGCUGUCUUACGAGAUCUCAGGCGUUUUCCGAGCAAAGAAUUUAAUCGAUGUAAUGAGAAAAUCCCACGAAGCCAGGCAGAAGCUGCUCCGUCUCGGAAUCUUCCGAAAAGUUGAAGUUGUUAUUGACACCUCAAGAGGUGAUGACGCUCUUCCCAACGGCCUCGACGUGACCUUCGAGGUCACCGAGUUGAGGCGGAUGACCGGCAGUUACAACACGAUGGUGGGCAACAAUGAAGGAAGCAUGGUGCUGGGAAUGAAGUUGCCCAAUGUGUUCGGCCGGGCCGAGAAACUCACCUUUCAAUUCUCGUACGGCACCAAAGAGACUUCCUACGGCCUUUCUUUUUUCAAACCUCAAGUGGGGAACUUUGAACGCAACAUCACGUUCAAUGCUUAUAAAGUAACGGGUCAAUUUCCGUGGAGCUCCCUGCGGGAGACGGAUCGUGGCGUCUCGGUGGAGCUGAACUUCCCCGUAUGGAAGACCAACCAAACCCUAAAGUGGGAAGGCGUGUGGAGAGAUUUGGGAUGUCUGGCUCGCACCGCCUCCUUCGCUGUCCGGGAAGAGAGUGGACAUUCCCUCAAGUCGUCACUGGCGCACGCCAUGGUCAUCGACACCAGAAAUUCCUCCAUCCUGCCCAGGAAAGGUGUCCUCUUGAAAAUCCAUCAGGAGCUUGCCGGUUACACGGGAGGAGAUGCCAGUUUCCUCAAGGAGGACUUUGAAAUCCAGCUCAAUAAGAGCCUCUUUUGGGACUCUGUUCUGUCUGCCUCCAUGUGGGGCGGUUUGCUGCUGCCUAUUGGUGAAAAGCCAACAAGCAUAGCAGACAGGUUCUAUCUGGGCGGCCCCACCAGUAUUCGUGGUUUCAGCAUGUAUAGCAUGGGCCCGCAGAGCGAAGGUAUGACAGGCGAUUACCUGGGAGGAGAAGCCUACUGGGCGGGAGGCCUUCACCUCUACACUCCGCUGCCCUUCCGGCCAGGCAGGGGGGGCUUCGGCGACCUCUUCCGAACGCAUUUCUUUCUCAACGCCGGGAAUCUUUGUAACCUUAACUAUGGUUUGUCUUGGUUAGGGGAGGGCCCUCAAGCACAUUUGAAGAAGCUGGCUGAGUGCAUUCGCUGGUCAUAUGGACUUGGCAUUGUGUUGCGUUUGGGCAACAUUGCCAGACUGGAGCUGAACUACUGCAUUCCCAUGGGAGUUCAGAGUGGAGACAGGAUAUGUGAUGGGGUGCAGUUUGGAGCAGGAAUACGCUUCCUCUGAAGCCACGAGUCUCUGUACAACGGAAACGCCACGGCGCUGAAAGGGAAGACUGCGAAUAUUAGAUGUUUGUUUGCAACUUAGAACUUCAAUGAUAAACAUGUUUGCACUGAA